GAUCUGAACUGGUAUAGUUUAUGUCGUUGAUGAUAAUAAUUCCUCCACGACUCAGCAACAAGAGCUACUCUGGGUGAUGAGCUUAAUGGUGCUGUUGCGGCUAUUUUAAUUUUUCAACAAGGAUCCAAAUGGCGCCGUUGACGAAAUUCUUUCAUUAUAAACGUCAACGAUCAACAUCAGCCAUCAGGGAACGAAGAAGAGUACUUUCGAAAAUACGUCGAGAGUAUUCCUGAUGGUGAAACGAGCGUUGCUUCAUCGAACGCAGCUAAAGAAAACAACAUCUAUGUAGUUGGUGGUACGAUGCCUGAAAUAGAGGGCGCUAAAUUGUACAAUACCUGUACUAUUUGGGGUCCCGAUGGAACUUUGAUAGCAAAACACCGAAAGGUACAUCUAUUCGACAUCGACAUUCCUAAUAAGAUUACUUUUCGAGAGAGUGAUUCACUCAGUCCUGGUAACUCCCUAACGACGUUCGACGUGAAGGGCUGCAAAAUAGGUAUUGGCAUUUGCUAUGAUAUUAGAUUCGAGGAAAUGGCACGCAUUUAUCGUAACAAAGGUUGCCAAAUGCUGAUAUAUCCAGCGGCAUUCAAUAUGACCACUGGACCACUGCACUGGUCAUUACUUCAGCGUUCCAGAGCGAAUGAUAAUCAAUUAUACGUUGCCUGCAUAUCACCGGCUCGUGUUCCUUCAGCAAGUUACGUCGCAUGGGGGCAUACACAGUUGACCAAUCCCUGGGGAAAGAUUCUUUACGAUUUGGAAACUCAAGAGAAUAUGGCAGUCACCGAUAUCAAAAAAAAAAAAAAAAAAAAAAAAAAAAAAAAUAUGAGGCAUACUAUAUAAGAUUGUCAUCGAUUUAAAAUCAAAGUAUGAAAAGGAUACCCUGGAGAGAGUAAAACACAGAAUCAUUCCAACUAAACAUUCAGAUCGUACCGACACCUAGGUAUCGUCUUACAAUUAAAUCUCGGUCUCGAAUGGAUUAAAAUGAAAUACAUACUUGCAGCUUCAACAUCUUCAAUAUCGAGGAGAUUCAAACUUUACAAAUAAAUGUAAAUUGCGAUGUAAAACAAAGCGAUGUAAAAAGGGAAAAAGGAGGAAAGAAGGAACAGGGAAGUAAAGAGAAGAAACGAAUUUUUCAUUUUCUCGAAACUGGAUCAAGUUUCAGGAAGACCAUCCAAGUAAUUGAUGUCCUCUGUAAUUAUUUGUUAAUCAUGCGCGGAAUCAGAACGAUUCGACCUCGUUCCAAAGCAAAUCGUUACUAGAGUAGAGACGGGAAUUAAUAAUUCGUGUCAAUUGUUCGAUCGUGUUCACAAAUUCAAAUGCGGUUGAGUGGCGGAAACCAUUUAUAACACGUCCCAUACAGCGUAGAUCGCAUACACGUCUUAGGAUGUAUUUUUGGUACUUAUAUAUACUCUAUAUAUAUAUUCUUACUCUAUAUAUACUUAUAUGUACUCUAUAUAUAUUCUCUAUCUUAGAUAUACCAUAAAAUAUUUCGUGAAAUCGCGUAUUCGUGUCUAAUGUCAGGGAUUCUCUUUCCACAAGUCUGCGUUUUCUAUAUUAUCUUUCUUCCUUAUCAGUAGGCAUUCUCACAAUUUGUGAUUAAUACUGCUCGUACAGGAAUAUUAGGUUUUUGACGUUGUAAAAUUUCACGUGAAAUAAUAAUGCCUAUAUAUUGACUAAUUUAUCAAUUAAUUAAAUCCGUGUAUAUCAAGUUUUCUAUAAUUUAGUACUUUCGUGUAACUACAGAAAUUUGAUGCAAUAUAAAACUUGAUUAAAACAGCGAUUCAUUAGGAAACGAGAAUAAUGAUGCAAAUAUUUUUUGUAGCCAUUAUAUAGGAUUUCGAUCGCAUAAUUAAUCAGUAUCAACUUACCAGUCUGUAAUGGAAGGAUGAAAAGAAAUGCUGGCGGUAUACAGACCGCAAUCAUCAUCAUUCUCAUGUAAAGUUUCAAACUGCAAUACAUGUUCCUAGUCGUAAGACGUAAGUCGUAAGAGUCGUAAGUAGCGACGAAAAGCGAAAAGAAAUGCACAAGCCAGAAGUAUCUGCAACAGAAAUCAGAAUACACUCGUUUUCGCAUGGUUGGAUCAAUUUCGCGUGGGACUAACCUGAUUGAACCUAACGCGGGAUAAUUGCUCAACUCACGACCUUAACCAGCCCGCUUGAUUCUCUGUAAAUGCUUGAAAUUGACGCUUGGAUUCUUUCCAGAUUAACUAGCUUUGCCCCUCCCUCCCUUUAUCUAUUUUCUUAGAUCGACUUAGAAUGGAUCGAACAAAGGCACAAAAGAAUUCGAAGAAAACAACAACUUAUUAUCCAAAUUGUUCAUCAAGGGUAAUCAAUGCUGUAUACUUCCUAGAAUUAGGAUGAAUAGGGAUUUGGAGAAACCCACCGGCCAUGUCCAGAAUAAUAAAAUAUCUCGCUUUUGCAAUCUCGCGACUCGAUCCGCAAUGAGGGGUAAAGGAUACCGAUCCGCGACCGUAUAUUUAUUUAGUUCUCGAAAAUCUGCCUAUCAUCUAUCUGAACCAUUAUUCGUCUUCACGAGUAACACGGGAUAUAGAAGGGAAAAUAAAGGAAAGGAAGGUAGGGAUAAGUAGAAGCUUGGGCCCAAGUUUAAUUCACUGAAACCAAGCUGCUUGUAUUAUCACAAAACAAAAUUGCCAGUACGUCAUUUCCGUACUCUCGUCCUCGCGAAAAUGGUUUUGUUCGUUAAGAAAAAACGAAGAGACAGGGAAGAGAGGAAAAAGCAAACGGAGAGCGCUUUUAAAAAGCUGGCGAACCGUGUGUUACCACAACGAGAUACGCGGUGCUAUUUGUCGCUUUAAAUUGUGUCGCAACUCGUUUUUCAGAUCUUUGCCAGGGACGCGUUAAAACACGCUGCAAAUAUAUUUCUGGCUUUUCUGGGGUUUAACUGAAAUAUGACAAAUAACGUUGUAAAACAUAUGUACUUAUGACUUACAGAGUAAUUGAGUGUACAAAAUAUAUAGUAUACAAAAUAGCCAGCGAUUUAGGGCUUUAAAAGAUCAAAAGAAAAGAAAAGAAGAAAGAUAAUAUGUUGUGGCAGUCUAAGUCGAUCUAAGAAAAUAGAUAAAGGGAGGGAGGGUCAAAGCUAGUUAAUCUGGAAAGAAUCCAAGCGUCAAUUUCAAGCAUUUACAGAGAAUCACUAUUGAAAGUUCAAAGGCCGACUAGUGAGCUUCAUACUAUCUCAUUUUUUAAUCAGGCGAUGGAUCGACGAAUCGUAUUGAUUUCGAGGAUUAUUAUAGUUCUGUGGGAAUUUUAAAGCGUGGUUUGUCUAAUCUUGUCUCGUUAGCUACAGACUCUUUGGCGAGCAGCCUGAAACUUGAUCCAGUUUCGAGAAAAUGAAAAAUUCGUUUUUCCUCUUUGCUUCCCUGUUCCUUCUUUCCUCCUUUUUCCCUUUUUA